AUGAAAACAGGAAAAGACAAAACAGAAAAAGAAAAUGGCCUCCUCGUGGAAUUCCAUAGAGUGGAGUCACGAAAUGAGUCGGAGCUGGAGGAUAUUCCUCAGGACGAGUCUAUCUUCGUAGAGGAGGAAAUCGUUACCGUAGAGUACAGUAAUUUGAUGUCGCAAAGAAUUUCUAUUGAUCAAUUCAUCAGAGAAUUACCAGAGAAAAAGGUCAACAAAGUACUAGCGAAAGAAUUCAGGGAUCUUCCCACUGGACUACUAGAAUCUUAUUCGAAUGCCCUGAGGGCAUCUACCAGAAAGGGAAACCGAUACAAAGGAAUUUAUCCAUAUGACUAUAAUCGUGUGAAGUUGAUAAGAGAAGAUUUAAAUGACAGCGAUGACUUUGUCAAUGCAUCCUACAUUAAUGGUCUCAACAAGGAACGAAGCUACAUCGCUGCGAAAGGUCCUUUCACCCCCAAGACGUUGGGGGAUUUCUGGAGCGUGAUCUGGCAGAACGACUCACCACGGAUCGUUAUGCUGACUAAUCUUUACGAAGGAGACAGAAUGAAGUGUCUGAGGUACUGGUCGGACACGCUCCUGGACAUCGGACCUUACGUCAUCACACUGGACACUAUGGACGUGUAUGAUCACUAUGUCCUGCGAUAUAUGACUGUUAAACAUCAGGAUGAAGAGAAGACGGUAACACAGUUCCACUUCACUACUUGGCCGGACAACUCCGUCCCAGAUGAUAUGACGUCACUCAUAUACUUCCGUAACCUAGUAAGAAAUAGACUGAGCAUUUUAGAUGGGCCAGUGGUCGUCCAUUGCAGCGCCGGGAUUGGUAGAACGGGGACGUUUAUCUCCCUUGAUUAUCUCCUGGAAGAGAUCGUUAUGGAGCAGACCAUUGAUGUCAGGGGAUAUGUUGCUUCUCUAAGACAGCAGCGGGUAGGAUCUGUACAAACAUGUGAGCAGUACAUCUUUCUCCAUGAUGCACUGGUUGAAGGACUUACAGACACGAAUGUUUGCCAUAGCUGCCUAUCUGUGUUGUAAUGCUGUUUUAUCACACCGCGCUGUCUGUUAUAAUAUUAUGGAUUUUCAAACUGUACAUGCGUUUCUGCGGAAAUAAUGUUUUCAUUUCUGCGUGAUUAAUGUAAAUUUUCAAAUAUUUCAUAUUUCUAAAAUUUAUAGGAUAUGCACUUAAUUGGGGAUUGAACAUACUGUUAAUAUUAGCCUUAGAAUUGCAUUGUCUCUCGAAAUAAAUUGAGCAUAUUAGCAUCGAAAAUUUAAUAAACAUUAGAAUAAUUGUCAAAUUGUACU